CAACACAGCAAGUCCAACUCAAAACUUAAAUAUCUGAUUACUUACUUAUCUGAAGGCUUAUCAACUUUAGUGAUAAUUAGCUAACAAGUAAUUUUCUAUCUUUUACGAAUCCAUCUCCCACCAGUGGCGUUUGAUAUGUGGGUGUGAUUAAAAUUGCCGUCCGUCAAACCCAGCCCGGUCUGUCAUUGUUUUGAGCCAGGGCUUUUAUAGUCGAUCAUACGGAUUUUGUUAUUGUUUUGGUGUUAAUUAAUUUGGUUAACGUAAGUAAUUAAGUGAUAGUUUAUAGUCGAAGAUGUCGGACGUGGAUGAUUUCAUGGACGAUGAGGAAGAUUAUGGAUUGGAAUACUCCGAGGACAGCAACUCCGAGCCAGAUGUAGACCUUGAGAAUCAAUAUUAUAAUUCGAAAGCGUUAAAGGAAGAGGAUCCCAAGGCUGCUCUGAACUCGUUUCAACGAGUUUUGGACCUAGAACAUAGUGAAAAGGGGGAAUGGGGAUUUAAAGCUUUGAAACAGAUGAUAAAAAUCAAUUUUAGAGUUACAAAUUAUGCCGAGAUGAUGAACCGAUACAAGCAACUGUUGACCUACAUCAAAACGGCGGUUACUCGGAAUCAUAGCGAGAAAUCCAUCAAUUCAAUUCUUGAUUACAUCUCAAAUUCUAGAAACAUGGAACUGCUUCAAAACUUUUAUGAGACGACUUUGGAUGCGUUGAAGGACGCAAAGAAUGACAGGCUAUGGUUUAAGACGAAUACAAAACUAGGAAAAUUGUACUAUGAUCGAGGAGAUUAUCAGAAAUUGGCACGAAUUCUGAAACAAUUACACCAAUCUUGUCAGACUGAUGAGGGUGAAGAUGAUUUGAAGAAAGGCACUCAACUUUUGGAAAUUUAUGCUUUGGAAAUUCAAAUGUACACAGCUCAGAAAAACAAUAAAAAGUUAAAAGCAUUGUAUGAACAAUCGCUUCAUAUCAAGUCUGCCAUUCCACAUCCUCUUAUUAUGGGGGUUAUCCGAGAAUGCGGAGGAAAAAUGCACUUGCGUGAAGGCGAGUUCGAGAAGGCUCACACUGAUUUCUUUGAAGCGUUUAAAAAUUAUGAUGAAUCUGGAAAUCCCCGCAGAACCACGUGUCUUAAGUAUCUUGUCUUAGCAAAUAUGUUAAUGAAAUCUGGAAUAAAUCCGUUCGACUCCCAAGAAGCCAAGCCUUACAAAAACGACCCGGAUAUUUUGGCUAUGACUAACUUGGUUUCUGCCUAUCAAAACAAUGAUAUUACCGAGUUUGAAAAAAUAUUAAAACAAAAUCGGUCUAAUAUUAUGGACGAUCCCUUCAUCAGAGAACACAUUGAAGAUCUAUUGAGGAAUAUUCGUACCCAAGUGCUCAUAAAGUUGAUUAAACCUUACACACGGAUUCACAUCCCGUUCAUUUCAAAAGAGUUAAACAUUGAUGCUAGUGAAGUCGAAGCGUUGUUGGUUUCCUGCAUAUUAGACAAUACGGUACGAGGAAAAAUUGAUCAAGUGAAUCUUGUCCUUGAACUGAAACACGAGUCUGGGUCCGACUUUUCCAGAUAUUCUGCUCUAAACAAGUGGACCUCUCAACUCUCUUCUUUACAUUCAUCCAUCGUUUCGAAGAUUUAACCUUAGUUUUUCAGCAAAACAACAAUUUUAAUAAAACAAGCUAUCAAUUUCUGAUAUAGCUUCCAAGCUUACGAAGUUCAGCAUAUGCAUGUAUAAAUGCAUGACUGUCAAAACAAAAUACGAAAAUUGUUAAAAAUUAUUAUAUACCACCACCAGUUUCAGAAUUGUAAGCAUUAAAUGCACCUUUAUUUAUACCAACUAAAUUCAGAUUUAUAGCUCGCCACGAUUGUUUCAUCCGUAAAAAUAUCCCUCUUUAUAUCCUGUUUGUUCUUAAAACUAAAUAAAUCUGAAUUGCAUGAUUUCCAACAUUGCAAAAGAAAAUGUAAUAAUAUACAAGUGAUUGAUGAAAUAAAAUGAAAUAAUAUUUGCGCAAAAA